GACUGCUGGAUCCAGACCUGUGGCAAGGAGCUGUUUCCAGAGCUUUCUGCAUUCUCUGCUGAAGAGGCUGCCACUAUCUCCACAGUCUCAGGGAAAGAAAAGGGACCUCAAACCUUCCAGAUCACUUCCUCUUGCAGGAAACAAUUUGAGACAGGAAUAAUGAUGGCUGCUGCACUUGCAGAUGACACUUGCAUCAAUUUUGUGGGGAUGAAAUUCAUUGACAAUACGCUGUACUUUAUAGCUGAAAGUGAUGAAGACCUGGAAUCGGAUUACUUUGGCAAGCUUGACUCUAAGUAUGCAAUCAUACGAAAUCUGAAUGACCAAAUUCUCUUCGUUGACCACAGAAAACCACCUGUGUUUGAAGAUAUGUCCGAUUCUGACUGUAGAGAUAAUGAAACCCAGACCAGAUUAAUAAUACAUAUGUAUAAAGAUAGCCUCGCUAGAGGUAUGGCUGUAACCAUCUCUGUGAACUGUAAUAAAAUGUCUACUCUCUCCUGUAAGGACACAACUAUUUCCUUUAAGGAAAUCCCUCUUCCUGAAGACAUUCCUGAUACAAAAAGUGACAUCAUAUUCUUUCAGAGAAGUGUUCCAGGACAUCACAAUAAGAUGCAAUUUGAAUCUUCAUUGUAUGAAGGACACUUUCUAGCUUGUAAAAAAGCAAAUGAUGUUUUCAAACUUGUUUUGAAAAAAAAGGAUGACUACGGUGAUAAGUCUAUAAUGUUCAUUGUUCAGAGUGAGAUCUAAAUAUUAAAAUUCCUCAGUUGAAACUGAGUCUUUGCUUC